GAACCUGAGUUGUCAGCCCCCUGUGAUAAGCGCCUCAGCGCCACGGGCGAAUAAGGCGCUGUUUUUGGACAGAGUUUUGGCACUAGCCACAUCACCGCUGCACUGGAUCUUCGUUAACAGUGAGUGCAAAGCCGUUAGGUAAGAGAAUAUAAUAUUACACUGUAGAACGUAAUGCCAAUUGUUUAAAAAAAACAACGACUUAGGAUUUAGGAUGUGGUAAUGUGAAAUCUUUUCCCUGUUGAAAUAUUCAGUCUCGUUUAACUUAUCAAGUUGGUUUUUAUUGGCUUCCUGGCGAAAACCGGCUACAAACCCUAAAUCAUUUUUUUUUUGAAAAUAUAAUAUAUAUAUAUAUAUAUAUAAUUUUAACAAAUUUAAUCCAACAUUUUAGUUUAUAUAAAGUCCACCCACGUUUUGUUUAGACAAGCUGUUAAGACCAGUUGUUUAGACCAGUUUAUUAGACCAGUGGUUUAGACAAGUUGUUUAGGUCAGUUGUUGAGACCAGCUGAUGAGACCUGUUGUUUAGACCAGUUGUUUAGACCAGUUGAUGAGACCAGCUGUUGAGACCUGUUGUUUAGAACAGCUUUUGAGACCAGUUGUUUAGACCAUUUGUUUAGACUAAUUGUAUUAGACCAGUUUAUUGGACCAGUUGUUGUUGAGGCAAGUUGUUUUUAGACCAUUUUUUUUUUUACACCCGUUUACCAGACAAGUUGUUAGUACACACGUAGAUUAGAUAAUUUUCUUUAGACCAUUCGUCGGUUAGACCAGUUUAAACUAGUUGAUCAGACCAGUUGUUGUUUAGGCCAGUUGUUGAGACCAGUUGUUUUCAUCUAUUUCAUAAUUUGGGGGGGGGGGGAGGGGAUAAUAUUUCGUUUUAUGGAACCCCAGCUUGCUAUGACAUCCCAAUUCAAAAUUACUGAUGGACAUUUACUGUGGUACCGUUUUCAGAAAGUUAUAUUUAAAAAAAGGGGGGGGGGGGGGAGGGGAUAAUAUUUCGUUUUAUGGAACCCCAGCUUGCUAUGACAUCCCAAUUCAAAAUUACUGAUGGACAUUUACUGUGGUACCGUUUUCAGAAAGUUAUAUUUAAAAAAAAAUCCAGUUUGUCUAAAGAGCUUUUAAAAAAAAAACCUGCUUUUCAUUGAAGUAUUGUCAUUUAAAGUUUACUAAUCUUUUUAAUCCCCCCCCCCCUCAGGAUAAAUAGCAAGGCAAUCUAUCACAACAAUACGCCAGUGCAACCCACUUGGACAGCCCAGCAGACGACCCACUCCAAUGGAAGCUUCCAUUGCGAAGUGUGACACAGUACCAGCAGUACUGAAUGCCAAGUUUUUAACCCGAGUCGACAACAUCACCCAGAGUGUGACGUUUGAGUGUCUGGCAGGUUUCUACAUGUCAGGAUCACCCAGAGUGGAAUGUAUCAGCGACGUAAUAGGCUGGGGCCCGACUCCUACCUGUCACAUCAUCAAUAAGGAUACCCACCUGUACACCACCGUCAGUAGGUGUCACACUACUCACUCCCUCAUCAUAUGUCAGGUGUCAAAGGUCUCAGCCUCUCGUGAUAUGUCAGGUGUCACACAACUCACCCUCUCGUGAUAUGUCAGGUGUCACACUAGUCACCCUCUCGUGAUCUGUCAGGUGUCACACAACUAACCUACUAGUUAUAUGUCAGGUGUCACAUUACUCACCCACUCGUGAUAUUUCAGGUGUCAAACUACUCACCCUCUCGUGAUAUGUCAGGUGUCACACUACUCACCCUCUCAAUAUAUGUCAGGUGUCACACUAAUCAUUCUCUCGUGAUAUGUCUGGUGUCACUCUACUCAACCUCUUAUGUUAUGUCAGUUGGCACACUACUCACCAAAUCGGGACACUCACUACUCACCCUCUCUUGAUAUGUCAGGUGUCACACUACUCAACCGCUCGUGAUAUGUCAGGUGUCACACUACUCACCCCUUCGUGAUAUGUCAGGUGUCACACUACUCACCCUAUCAUGAGAUUCAGGUGUCACACUACUCACCCUCUCGUGAUAUGUCAGGUGUCACACUACUCACCUUCUCUUGAUAUGUCAGGUGUCACACUACUCACUCUUUCAUGAUAUGUCAGGUGUCACACUACUCACUCUCUCAUGAUAUGUCAGGUGUCACAUUACUCAAACACUCGUGAUAUAACAGGUGUUACAUUACUCAACCAAUCGUGAUAUUUCAGGUGUCACACUACUCAUCCUCUCGUGAUAUGUCAGGUGUCACACUACUCACCCUCUCGUGAUAUGUCAUGUGUCACACUAAUUACCCUCUAGUGAUAUGUAAGGUGUCAAACUACUCACCCUCUCUUGAUAUGUCAGGUGUAACACAACUCACUCUCUCGUGAUAUCUCUGGUGUCACUCUACUCACCCUCUUAUGUUAUGUCAAUCGUCACACUACUCACCCUCUCGUGAUAUGUCAGGUGUCACACUACUCACCCUCUCGUGAUAUGUCAGAUGUCACACUACUUACCCUCACGUGAUAUGUCAGGUGUCACACUACUCACCCUCUCAUGAGAUUCAGGUGUCACACUACUCACCCCUUCGUGAUAUGUCAGGUGUCACACUACUCACCCUAUCAUGAGAUUCAGGUGUCACACUACUCACCAUCUCGUGAUAUGUCAGGUGUCACACUACUCACCUUCUCUUGAUAUGUCAGGUGUCACAUUACUCAAAUACUCGUGAUAUAACAGGUGUCACAUUACUCAACCAAUCCUGAUAUUUCAGCUCUCACACUACUCACCCUCUCGUGAUAUGUCAGGUGUCACACUACUCACCCUCUCGUGAUAUUUCAGGUGUCACUACUUACCCUCUCGUGAUAUUUCAAGUGUCACACUACUCACUCUCUUGAUAUGUCAGGUGUAACACUACUCACUCUCUCGUGAUAUCUCUGGUGACACUCUACUCACCCUCUUAUGUUAUGUCAGUUGUCACACUACUCAACCACUAGUGAUAUGUCAGGUGUCAUACUAACUACUCACCCUCUCGUGAUAUGUCAGGUGUCACACUACUCAACCACUAGUGAUAUGUCAGGUGUCACACUACUCAACCACUCGUGAUUUCAGGUGUCACACUACUCAACCACUCAUGAUAUGUCAGGUGUCACACUACUCACUCUCUCAUGAUAUGUCAGGUAUGACACUACUCAACCACUCAUGAUAUUUAAGAUGUCAUACUACUCACCCUCUCAUGAUAUGUCAGAGGUCACACUACUCACUCUCUCAUGAUAUGUCAGGUAUGACACUACUCAAUCACUCAUGAUUUUUAAGAUGUCAUACUACUCAUCCUCUCAUGAUAUGUCAGGGGUCACACUACUCACCCUCUCGUGAUAUGUCAGGUGUCAGACUACUCACCCUCUGGUGAUAUGUCAGGUGUGACACUACUCACUCUCUCAUGAUAUUUCAGAUGUCACACUACUCACCCUCUCAAGAUAUGUCAGGUGUCACACUACUUACCCUCUCAUGAUAUGUCAGGGGUCACACUACUCACACCCUGUUGAUAUGUCAAGUGUUACACUAUUCACUCUCUCAUGAUAUGUCAGGUGUACCACUACUCAACCACUCGUGAUAUGUCAGGUGUCACAUUACUCAACCAAUCGUAAUGUGUCAGGUGUCACACUACUCACCCUCUCGUGAUAUGUCACGUGUGACACUACUCACUCUCUCAUGAUAUUUCAGAUGUCACACUACUCAGUGUCUCAUGAUAUUUGAGAUGUCACACUACUCACCCUCUCAUGAUAUUUCAGGUGUCACACUACUCAUUCUAUCGUGAUGUGUCCAUUGUCACACUACUAACCCUCUCGUGAUAUGUCAGGUGUCACACUACUCACCCUCUCUUGAUAUAUCAGGUGUCACACUACUCACUCUUUCAUGAUAUAUCAGGUGUCACACUACUCCCUCUCUCAUUUUAUGUCAGGUGUCACAUUACUCAACCACUUGUGAUAUGUCAGGUGUCACAUUACUCAACCACUCGUGAUGUGUCAGGUGUCACACUAUUCACCCUCUCGUGAUAUGUCAGGUGUCACAUUAAACAACCACUCGUGAUAUGUCAGGUGUCACAUUACUCAAACAAUCGUGAUGUGUCAAGCGUCACACUACUCACCCUCUCGUAAUAUGUCACGUGUGACACUACUCACUCUCUCAUGAUAUUUCAGAUGUCACACUACUCAGUCUCUCAUGAUAUUUGAGAUGUCACACUACUCACCCUCUCAUGAUAUGUCAAGUGUCACACUACUCACUCUAUCGUGAUAUGUCCAUUGUCACACUACUUACCCUCUCGUGAUAGGUCAGGUGUCACACUACUCACCCUCUCUUGAUAUGUCAGGUGUCACACUACUCAACCACUCAUGAUAUGUCAGGUGUGACACUACUCACCCUCUCAUGAUAUGUCACGUUUGACAUUACUCACUCUCUCAUGAUAUUUCAGAUGUCACACUACUCACCCUCUCAUGAUAUGUCAGGUGUCACACUACUCACUCUCUCGUGAUAUGUCAUGUGUCACACUACUUACCCUCUCAAGAUAUGUCAGGUGUCACACUACUCACCCUCUCUUGAUAUGUCUGUUGUCACACUACUCCCCCUCUCCUGAUAUGUAAGGUGUCACACUACUCACCCUCUCCUGAUAUAUCAGGAGUCACAUUACUCACUCUCAUGAUAUUUCAGAUGUCACACUACUCACCCUCUCAUGAUAUGUCAGGUGUCACACUACUCACGCUCUCGUGAUAUGUCAUGUGUCACACUACUUACCCUCUCAUGAUAUGUCAGGUGUCACACUACUCACCCUCUCUUGAUAUGUCUGGUGUCACACUACUCACUCUGUCAUGAUAUGUCAGGUGUCACACUACUCACUCUCUCAUGAUAUAUCAGGUGUCACAUUACUCAACCACUCGUGAUAUGUCAGGUGUCACACUACUCACCCUCUCGUGAUAUGUCAGGUGUGACACUACUCACUCUCUCAUGAUAUGUCAUGUGUCACACUACUCACUCUCUCCCGAUAUGUCAGUGUCACACUACUCACCCUCUCAUGAAAUGUCAGGUGUCACACUAAUAACCCUCUCAUUAAAUGUCAGUGCCACAAAGGCUCCCCGAGUAAGAGUUGGGGGAGGGGCUAGGGGGGGAGGGGGGCCUUGGAUAGAUUCAAAAUGCAGGUUUGCAUUGUGGCGCAGAAUACAUUUAGUUUGUCGGCCUGCGACACUACUUCUGAGAGCAGCCGGAGACCCACUAGUGGACAUUUAGGUUGCCAUAACCUCGUAGUUUUAAUACAAAUAAUCAAUUUUUUAUAGUUUUUACUAAUCUUCUUAAACAGACAGUAGACAGCAGAAAGUAGAGUAGACAGCAGACUGUAGACUGCAAACAGCAGACAGAAGGCAGUCGACAGGAUACAACAGACAGUAGCGUAGACAGCAGACAGCAGACAGCUAACAAUUAUACAGUAGAAAGUAGACAGUAGAAAGUAGACAGCAGACAGUAGACAGUAGGCAGCAGCCAGUAGGCAGCUGACAGUAGACAGUAGGCAGCAGACAGUACGAAUGACGACGAAAUAACAAGAAGUAGAGAAGUAGAUCACACGCUUGGGGAGACAUGCGCGUGCGUGGCUGUGUGCUUGUUUGUUUUGUUGGUGUGUGCCACGCCGUCAUUUGUAAGUUAAAUUGAAAACACACACACACACACACACACAGACACACACAUAUAUAUAUAUAUAUAUGUAUAUAUUAGAAAUAUAUGUAUUUUUUUUCCAUGACAACGCAGACGUGACCACGGAAGAAUGGUGGUACUACAUCCUGGCAGGACUUCUGGGGCUGAUAGUCUUGACCCUCGUGAUUGCCGCCCUGUGCCACUGCUGUUGGUGAGUACCCACCGGAAGCCACGCCCGCCGUGACGUCAAUGUUUAUCCCAGGGGCGUGCGAUAUCAAUCUUAUUUUGUGAAGAUAAAAAAAAUGUCAGUUAGUUAGAAAUAACUUAGUGAAUCCAUCACCCCCCCCCCCUCCUCGUCCCAACCUCAGCCGACUUUAACUUGUACUAGUGAUGGCUUUAAGGCUCCAUGUUGAGAGGGUUGACGCGAAAGAUGAAAGCCACGCCCGCCGUGACGUCAAUGUUUAUCCCAGGGGCGUGCGAUAUCAAUCUUAUUUUGUGAAGAUAAAAAAAAUGUCAGUUAGUUAGAAAUAACUUAGUGAAUCCAUCACCCCCCCCCCUCCUCGUCCCAACCUCAGCCGACUUUAACUUGUACUAGUGAUGGCUUUAAGGCUCCAUGUUGAGAGGGUUGACGCGAAAGAUGAAAGUGACUAUUGCUUUAUCGCACCUUCUAUCCGAUGAUGGAACAUCGGGAAGAAAAUUAUAUAUAUAUAUAUAUAUAUAUAUAUUUAUUUAUUUAUUUAUUUAUUUACACUGUAUAAAUUCUAGAAUAAAUGACCCGGUGUUACAGGAUUAAUGAUGAAAGGAAUACUUCGCUACUUAUUUCCACCUUAAGUCUCUUCACCUAAAAAUCCAAAUUUUUUACCUAUGUAAAUGAAUCUUGUUUUUCUGUAUAGUUCAACAAAAAAAAAAAAUAUUAAUAAAAAAUUGAGAUUUACUUCUCUACUUCCUUAAAUUACAUAUUUAAGUUAUAGUUAAUUAGGAUUUCGUUACGUCUAUAAAUGAAUCUAUGUUUAGAUAUUACGUUUCUCAUAACAUUGGAUUUUGAGCAUUUUUUUUCCUUUCAUAGCAUAAUAUUGGCCAAUCCAAACAUUUCUCCCGUCCAUAAUCAAUAAAGGAAACUUCUUAAAUAAGCAUGCAUUCCCCGUUAAUCAAAAAUAUAUAUGCUAUUUAAAGUACCUUUGUUGAAUUAACGGAUUUUGAUAUAUUAUUGACAUUUUCGUUAAGAGCAGAAUUCUAGUAUUCAGUCUUUAAAUCUCCCCAAAAUUUCCCAUGCCCCUAAUCAGUAUUGUGCGCAAAAUUUUAAAAUUCAAAAGCUCCUUAUUUAAAUAAAAUCGUAACCACUAUUUGUUCACCCUCCCCCCCCCCUUAAACCCGGUACUUUCAGGAAUUAAAAAAAACAACAAACAAACAUAAAAUAACUACGAAUCUAUUUUUAAAGUUUAAAUUUUCCCGCCUUUAAAACGAUUGGGCCUUUAGAUAUUGCUACGCGUUCACAUGAAAAUGUCCCCCCCCCCCCCCCCCCCCCCCCCAACCCUCGCUCUUUUACAUUGCGCUUUAUAUUCACGAAAAAUAUUCGAAAUACAUUUUUUAACCAAUAAAAAAAAUAGUGUUAGCGCUCAGCUAUGUUCAACGCCACUGAAAUGUAAAUAAAAAAUAAAAAAAAUAAAAAAAAUGACACUCUCAGUCUCAAAGAAAAAUCUUAAUUGCUAUUCCCAUUAUUUUUUUUUUCCCAACUUCAUUGAGUUAUGAGGUUACAUAUUACGUAAAUGGCUCUACAUCUUCUCAACGCCCUUGAAAUGGAGUUUGCGACAUUAACGCAACACCUAUUUAUUUCAUUCGGUUUUAAAACUAUCUAUAUACAGAUUACCGGUGUGUAACCGGCGUGUAACCUAUUUGAAGUAAUUGAGAUAUUGCCAUUGUCAUCAGAUGCACCCACGCAUUCUAUGGCGUACCUUGCUCUGUAAGGGGAGUAAGAAAAUGCAGACCCGCUUCCAGACCCCCCCCCCCCACACACACACCGACAUUUUUAUUUUUAUUCAGCUGACGUAUUAGCAACACCAUCACGCUCUCACUGCCCAACACUGACCUCCAUUACUAUCCUAAUGUCCCAACCCCUGCUUGACCACACGAUAGACUUCUCUUUCUAAAUUUUUUUAUUUUCGUAUAUUUAAAGAAUAUGGAUAUCAUAAUUUUUUACUGCAAUCUUUUACUCCAUAAUCAAAACUCAAUCUCUAAUAUAAUCAGAUUUCGAGAUUCUGAUAUUAAAAUGUACGCCCCCCCCCCACACUAUUAAAAACCAAAUAUUCACCGCCCAUGUAACGUGUAAAACAUAAAAGGGUAAAACAAAUAGUUCAUAAAUUUAUUUUUAAUUAUCUACAUACUAAUCUGCUCGACACAUUUUUUUUUUGCCUCAUCAAAAUUUUGCUAUUUGAACUACUUUUUGACGCCAAGCAUCACAUUUUUCCUGUGCAAAUCUAAUCAUAAAUUGCACAUUUUAUUUUUAAGUGGCAAACAAAAAAAAAACAAAACAACAACUAUAAACUUUAAGGAAACAAACCUUAAAUUUUGUGUGGUGUGUUAAAACAAUAUUUCGCAAUAAUUUAAACAGCGAGCAAUCAGAUUAUUAAUAACACAUUUUUUUUUUAAAAAAGGAAGAGUAGAAGAAAAUACAUAAUCAGUUUUGUCACGUUGUUACAAUCAAGGAAACUUGAUGCUGGCCCAUUUCGUACCAUUGCAGCCAGUAACAUUCAUUUAAGCAUUAGGUACGGCAACUUCAAGUUAAAGUUAAAGCAAUAUAAACAAGGAAUAGAAAGCACUCUUAUAUUUCAAACUAAGAUAUAGUGCCCCGGUCACUUCCCUUUUUUUUGUUUCGACUCAAUUUUCAGGUGUCCCACUCACGUCGUGUCGGUGUAUCCGUACGUUUCGACCCCAUCCAAAGCAGGCAGAAGGGCACGCCGCUGGUGCCUGUGUUGUCGCCGACGUAAGAUGUUGCUGAGGCUUGAGCCACGUGAACGUAAGGACAGCGUCUUCUGGGUAAGCCAUUCGUUUCUUUUGUAUCACGUGGGCCCUUUCCCCUUCAAAACCUGCAUGAUUGUUGUUGCGCAAGGGUAUUUGUCUUGCAGGGUUGUUGGUCAUAUAGGCCUUUCUCAUGCAUGAAUGUUGGCAUGUUUGAUCGUGUCAUAUAAUAUUAUUGAUAUUGCUAUCUAUUAUGAUUGCCCAUAAAUGCAUGAUUGUUGUCAUGUGUGAUUGUCGUCAUGCAUGAGUGUGCCCUCCCCAUUUUAUUUGAUCACUUCUCCACCGUACUCCCUCGUACUGCAAGUCCUCUGCCUGUCAUUCUUUCUAUCCGCCAAUCUCUGUCUCUGCCAUUCUCUCAAUCUGUCAGUCUCUGACUCUGCAAUUCUCUCAAUCUGUCAGCCUCUGUCUCUGAAAUUCUCUGAAUCUGUCAUUAUCUGUCUCUGUCAUCCAUUCUAUCUGCCAGUCUCUGUCUUUGCCAUCUUCUCUGUCAGUCUCUGUCUCUGCUGCGUUUCAAUCUGUCAGUCUCUUUCUCUGCCAUUUUUAAUCUGCCAGUCUCUGCCAUUCUCUCAAUCUGUCAGUCUCUGUUUCUGCCAUUCUCUCAACCUGUCAGUUUAUGUUAUUCUCACAAUCUGUCCGUUUCUGUCUCUGCCAUUCUCUCAAUCUAUCAUCCUCACACCCCCCCCCCCCCCCGGUUUGACUUGUGCUGUAAAAUCCCGUCACGUGAUCCAGGUCACCGAUUACCUACUCCGCCAAACAGACGACAGGGGCCCUCACUCUGGGACGCACAGUGUCGUUUCGUCUGGUCACACUGGAACGCACGGGCCCACAGCAGGACGGGCGUAUCUGCCAGCCAGUCAGGGGCGUACAUCGGAGGUAUCAUGUGACCCCCAGAAAUUCAACGCACUAUCAUUACGUUACAUCGCCUUAUGUUUGGGCCGCAAGUUUUUUUUUUCCCCCUCUAAAUUUUUAAACUAUAUUUACAAUACAUUGAUUCAGUGGCGUAGCUUAGGGUCGGUGUCAUCCGGUGCGGUAAACUCAUCGUGUCACUCCCCUCCUCUUCCCUCGACUUCCACGAUGGAUUUCUUCUUGUUAAAAUUUGUUGAAAUAGGUCCUCGGUAUAACAAUGACAAGAACAAAAACAAAUUAACUGAGUGUCAGGGAGGUAAAUGUAUUGAAGGACUGUGACAAUGUUACGUUCUAGUUCUGUUAUCUUUUCUCUUUAGAUUUACUUUAUUGAAAAUGUUCCUUUCCUGGUCGUCAAAGGUGCAAGCCUGUCAAUCACAUGAUCAAAACCAAUAACCGUCAUCGCAUCAAUCGGAUUGGAUACAUGUGUGGAAAAUGAACACGUGAUCGGUGAGACCGAACCUAGUGUGCUCUGUAAAUAUGUAAAUUUUUUUUUUCAAAAUGGAGGGGUCACCCUCCUGAGAUGAUGUCACACGGUGCGGUCUGCGACCCCGCUACCCUCUAGCUGCGCCACUGCAUUGAAGUCAGCUACAAGCAUCAACAACAACACAUUUGACAACAUAAAACAAGAACAUAAAAAAAAAACACUGAAAAACUCAAUUUCUCUACAAAUUGCUCUUUAAGAAAACAACAAGGUAAAAUCUCCACUUCAUUUCCACCACCUCUGUCCACUUCGUGUAUUUCUAAAUCCAAAAAAUAAUUCGCCCCAGUGCCCAUUUAAACCAGAGGGGGUAAAUUAAGAAUAGCGAGGUCAUGAGGAUGGUGAGGCUAAUGAGAAUGAUAAGGUUAAUGACAAUGGAGAGGUUAAUGAGAAUGAUGAGGUUAAUGAGAAUGGUGAGGUUAAUGAGAAUGGUGAGGUCAUGAGAAUGGUGAGGUCAUGAAAAUGAUGAGGUUAAAAAGAAUCGUGAGGUUAUGAGAAUGGUAAGGUUAAUGAGAAUGGUGAGAUUAAUGAGAAUGGUGAGGGUUAUGAGAAUGGUGAGGUUAAUGAGAAUGGUGAGGUUAAUGAGAAUGGUGAGGUCAUGAGAAUGAUAACGUUAAAAAGAAUGGUGAGGUUAAUGAGAAUGGUGAGGCUUAUGAUAAUGGUGAGGUUAAUGAGAAUGGUGAGAUUAAUGAGAAUGGUGAUGUUAAUGAGAAUAGUGAGAUUUAAAGAGAAUGGUGAGAUUAAUGAGCAUGGUGAGGGUUAUGAGAAUGGUGACGUUAAUGAGAAUGGUGAGGUUAAUGAGAAUGGUGGGGUUAAUGAGAAUGGUGAGGUCAUGAGAAUGGUGAGGUCAUGAAAAUGAUGAGGUUAAAAAGAAUCGUGAGGUUAUGAGAAUGGUAAGGUUAAUGAGAAUGGUGAGAUUAAUGAGAAUGGUGAGGGUUAUGAGAAUGGUGAGGUUAAUGAGAAUGGUGAGGUUAAUGAGAAUGGUGAGGUCAUGAGAAUGAUAACGUUAAAAAGAAUGGUGAGGUUAAUGAGAAUGGUGAGGCUUAUGAUAAUGGUGAGGUUAAUGAGAAUGGUGAGAUUAAUGAGAAUGGUGAGGUUAAUGAGAAUAGUGAGAUUUAAAGAGAAUGGUGAGAUUAAUGAGCAUGGUGAGGGUUAUGAGAAUGGUGACGUUAAUGAGAAUGGUGAGGUUAAUGAAAAUGAUGAGGUCAUGAGAAUGAUGAGGUUAAAAAGAAUGGUGAGGUUAUGAGAAUGGUAAGGUUAAUGAGAAUGGUGAGGUUAAUGAGAAUGGUGAGGGUUAUGCGAAUGGUGAGUUAAUGAGAAUGGUGAGGUAAUGAGAAUUGUGAGGUCAUGAGAAUGAUUAGGUUAAAAAGAAUGGUGAGGUUAUGAGAAUUGUUAGGUUAAUGAGAAUGGUGAGGUUAAUGAGAAUGGUGAGGGUUAUGAGAAUGGUGAGGUUUAUAAAAAAAACGCAACAAAACAGCGAACGUGUCGGCAGAAAGCCUUCGUCAGCGAACAAAACAACAGCACUUAGCUGGUAGUGUUGAUGUAGCUUCCCAAAGAUACUAUUUACCAGCUAAGUGCUAUUUCUUAUUUUUUUUUGUAUACCAUUUUUUCUGUUGUUUUGUUCGCUGACGAAGGCUUUCUGCCGACACGUUCGCUGUUUUGUUGCGUUUAUUUGUUCAGGUUUAACCUUUACUUUUUUUUUUAGUCAUUUCAUUUUGAUGCUAUGAAGUCGACUGAAAACAAUACUUAUGUGGGGCGCCAUUGUUUUUCGUGCAGGUACAUUCUAAGAGCAGCGCAGCCGACGGCAUGACGUCAGUGGAGAGUCCGCGUGAGGUCCAGGUGUAUCGCAACGUCCGGCCGGCGAAAGACCCCGGCAAAGUCUGGCUGCCCCACAAACACAAUGUCCGAAACAUCAACACCAGUACCAAGUAACCCGAAGUGGGCCAGUCACGUGACACAGCCUUGGAGAAAGGUCAAGGUUCGCGUAACGUGAGCUCUCAAACUCACGUGACAUGUCAAUGUGCCAUGGACACUGAGUAGAUACAACUUGUCACAGAUGUGUAACGUUGCUUCUUAAGUCUUAAUGGAGUCUGACAUCUAAAUACUUUGAAGACAAAUGUGCCGCGCAUUCAUUAAGAAAAAGACCAUUCUCACCAAAAAAUAAGUAAAGAUAAAAAUAAAUUAGUUAUAUCCUUCAACCACUCUAGGUAUGAAAUUGGACAAGGUGUCAAAAUACUGGCGAGCCAGUGG